UGUGUGGGGGGGGUAGCUGUCACCUGUCUCUAUUUAAACACACAGUUCUCUGUCAGAAAAGUGAACGUUGAUCCCUUCUAUCGAUGUGGACUUUUGCCAUAUCAUCUUACACUGCGAUAGGACGGUGUUAAACGUGAUAAUUUAAAAAUCAUGCUGUAUUUAGACAGGAAGCACGAUCCAACCUGGUGGUCUUUGAAAUUAGACGACAAAGAAUUGAAUUUUUCGAAAUGGAAUUUCAGCAAUGGACAGAAAAUAUGGGAACGAGUACCAGAUUGGGAAAUGGCAGUAAAAAUUUUAGUGUGGUUACCCAUCGCAAUUGUCGGAUUAAUAGGAAAUUCUACUAUUAUAAUAGUCAUGAUUCGAAUCAAAGCCAUCAGAACGUGUACUAAUUAUUUUUUUCUCAAUAUGGCCAUUGCCGAUUUAAUUACCAUUUUGAUAUCUUCGUGGACGAUUUUAAUCAUUGAUUUCUAUCAAAAUUAUGCACUUGGACCGUUUUUUUGCCGUGCUGAAGGAGCCAUACAAAUCACAUGUCUUCUAUCAAGUGUAUUCUCCUUGGUUGCCAUAUCGUGUGACAGAUUACUAGCUGUGACCUUCCCUCUAAUUCCUAGAUUAAAUAAGAAGAAAGCACUCGUUUUAAUUAUUUUAAUUUGGUUAAUUUCUUUGAUAAUCUCAUCGCCUACAAUCUUCAAUAGAUCGUGGCACACCAGACAAUGGGCUGAUUAUCUAGAGGUAAAACAUUAAUAAAACAUUAAAG